AUUUUUUGGGCGGGUGUGCUUGGGAAGCCUUACUCUCUCGUACUGCUUGUUGUCCCCAGUCACGCUGGACCUCCCCAGAGACCCUUGAAAUUGAGGGAAUCGAUCAAACAGCUCCCGAUGUCUUCUGCAAAAGUGCCUGGGUGCUGAAUUGGAGCCAGAAAUACUAGCUCAGAGGCAUGGUGUAAGGAACCUGAGUGCAUCCGUUUGUUGAUCAAGAUCUAAUGUGCUGAUAGCCAAAAAUAAUAAGCCUGCUAGGUUUUGACAGUUGCUGGGGUGAAACCUUCCCUGCCACUUCCCCAUCGCAUAUUUCAGUCGAUGAGAUCUUUCCUUCUGCAGGGUUGCUGUUGUCUAGGCAGCCCACCUGGCACUGGGUGCGGGGACUCUUGGACGUCCUCAGAGUCAAGUGGUUCUCGUGACCGAAGGGGAGCCUGUGGUGAUGGAGUGUCCUUUCCGCAAGCACAACGGCGGCGGUGAUUACUUGGAUGAGUUCAUCUGGAGCCAUAGGAACAUCUCGAGAAGGAUCCUGCAGUUUAGGAUGGUGCAGCCCAAUGCCUCCUGUGUGCAUCGCAGCGAAGGUCACUUCAGCGGCACUGUGGAUUAUGAAAGGAGCGUGAGCUUUCUCAACAUCUCAGAGGUGCUUAUGAACGACACUGGCCCUUACAUCUGCUAUGUGAAGAUAGGGAACAGCAACCCGACCGAAAAGGUGGCUCACCUGCUCGUUAGAGGUCGGCAGCCGUGGGCAGCCUCUGGGGGCCUCAGCUUGUCUGAACCUCCAGGAGGCAAAGUCACCUUGGACUGUGACUUCCCCACCAAGCUGCCCGGCAGCUUCACCUACCUCUUUUGGCUGCACGAGCAAGACCAGAGCCCACCCCGACUUGUGGCGUGGCACCUCACGUCCAGUUUCCAGAACAACAGCGGCAGCACUGGAAGUCGUUUCCAGAGCGUAUUUGACCUGGAAAAUCACUGGAGCCAUCUCACCAUUACCGGGCUGGAAGAGAAGGACAGCGGCUGGUACCAGUGUGAGGGCCUGGGAGAGCUUUCAGGCUGGCAGAGAGGGACGAGAACCCACCUCGCUGUGCAAGGCUCCUCGGCUGGCCUGCUGGUUGUUUUGGGGAGUGUUGCGUUUGUCGUCAUGGCUCUGUGCUCUUACUUUCUGUACAAGCACCACAAGAAGCUGAGGAGGCAGCGCACCGUGCAGGACGCUUCGGAUCCCUGCCACAGGCCCGCAGAGGACAGCAUGAGGCAGCCCACAGGCGGGGAAGCUGUCAGUGCCAGCGCUGGCAGCACGGCAGAGUACAGCCUCCUCACUUUCCCGGGAAGGAACACCGCUGCAGAGGACUGGGGACAACGAUGACAGUCCAGGAAGGCCCAGUGGGACAUGGGGAGCUGUGCUGGGCUUUCUGUACUCAUGGCACUGUGGAUAGUUCCCCUCCACUGCGUAUCAUGCCAAGGUCCCUAGCAAAGCCUUCUCUCCCUUGAUGGUUGUUUUUUGUAUUCAAUUAAAGCCUCUCGAGGACA